UUUGAAUUGUGCACAACAACAUCAACAACAUAUAUCCACACAAUCUCAAUUUCUCAUCCUUUUCAUCAAAUCCAUCAUAUCUGAAAAAAAUGGCUCAGUGCAUAACCAAUACCUUUCUCCAAGGAAACCCAUUCCUUCCACUUCCCACAAAAAACUUUCAGCAGCAACAAGCGAAAAAAGUGGGUAAUUUCGGAGUAUGGUGUAAGAAAAAAGACAUACACCCAGAAUUCUACGAAGAUGCUAAGGUUUAUUGCAACAACGAGCUUGUUAUGACAACAGGUGGAACUCAGAAAGAGUAUGUUGUCGAUGUUUGGUCAGGUAACCAUCAGUUUUACCUGGGUAACCGUUCGGCCAAUAUGGUGAGUGAUGAUCAGGUGGAGAAGUUCCGUAAGAGGUACGGUGAUUUGACGCAGAUUAUGGAGAUUCCUGUACUCAAAGGUGAGAUUGUUAUUCCUUCCAGACGUAAAGGGAUUAAAAGUGGUAGUGGCAAGAAGAAAUAGUGAGUGUUUGUCAUUUUGUAAUUGUGAUUGUAAUUGCUUGUAUGCUGUUUGUUAAAUUGCCUCAAUGAAUAUUUCUCUUUUUGUA